AUGACGCGCAAGCGCGGGAAAGUUGCAGGCGGCGGCGGCGCGUCCCCGGCCAUGCAGGCGGCGGCGGCGGCGGCGGAGGCCCGCGGGAUGGCGCUGGAGGAGGCGGUCAACCGGUGGGCGCUGCUCUUCUACGCCCACCAGGCCCUGCAGGCGUUCCGGGCCGGGCGCAGCCACGACUUCCGCCAGCUGCGUGACGUCAUCAACGCGAUGCUCGCCCGGCCCCUGGCGCUGGAGCAGCAGGUCCUCCUCCAGCUGCGGAUCAUCCAGCUCCUGUCCCGGAUAGAGGAGGAUUGGACCAUCGAUACCAAGACUGAACAGACGCCUCUUGAAUGUGCCCUUGUUCUCCUGGACAAGAUGAAGAAAGAAGUGAACAUAGAUGUGAAUGUAAUAGAGGACAUAAGAACAAAAAUAAAGGAAGCUGCUGUUAUUGCCUCUGUGAAGAAUAAGGAGUAUGCGCUAGCCAGCAGAAUCCUGAAGAAGCACAUGUCGAAGGAUCCCAACACCCAGAAAAUGAGGUUGCUACUGCAGAGCAUCAUCCGGGAGAGGAACUUCCUGCACCCGACCAUCUGGAACUUCUCCUACAAGGCCUUCCAGCAGGACGUCCUCCUCCUCCUCGAGAGCUUCCUGGAUGAUUCGGAGCCUCUCCUCCUAGUGAUGGCAAAAAAGAACUUGGCUGAGAAGACGGAGGCCCGGCUCAGUCCUGCGGAGGCAGCAGCUGGCCAGGAGAUGAUGGUUACGGAGACCGUGGAAGAGCCGUCUCCUGUGGCGCUGGCGGCGGCCAGCGCUUGGUCCGUGGGAAGCUCCAGUGAGACCAUGGUGGAGUCUGGGGUUGCAGAAGGAGCGGCCGAUGAGCGGAGGGAAGACAGGCCGGCACCUUUGCAGGAGAGCAGCGAGGGCACGGAGGGGCCCGCACCCGCCGUUGGGGCGACCCAAAGCAAGGGUGUCGCGGCAAGCGCAGGAGCAGCCUCUGCGAGGGUGAUCGCUUCGGAACCUGCCGGAGAAGCCAGCGGGGUGGCGGGACCUGCCGCGGUCACCGAUCCCUCCACGUCGGCAGCCCCCAAGGACCUGGGCAGGGGCCUGCCCAAGAAGCCUGCCUCCUAUGGGCUUUCUACUCUGAGGGAAGCAUUCCGGGCUCUUUUUGAGGCCCCAGCCCCGGACGAAGCCUUCACAGAGCUUGACGAGACGGACUGGGUUUGCCCCGUGGCAAGUUCUGUCCCAGCAGGGCUUGGAGCGACGCACCAGAGGGAAGAGGAGAGCGAGGAGAUGGAGCAGGAUGAGGCCUCGAGUCCCCAGAUGUCCUCGUGGGACAGCAGCGACGCCACGACCAUUAGUGGUAUGGUCAGAAGGGACCAGGCGGAAGGCUCCAGAGACCCAUCCCUGGGACACGCUGCCUCCGAGAUGCCGAGAGAGAGCUCGGGUGUCCGGCCGCCAAAGCCCAGGUCGCCUGCGCCGACUGCCGUUCCCCCAUUUCUCAGGCUCCCCCGCAUGAGGCUGAAUUCUCCAUCGCACAACGAAGAGAAGGAGGUCUGGAGCGACGAGGAGGAGCUCUUCAUAGACCUGAGGUCGGAGGGGAACAGCAGCAUGGACACGUCCACCAGCGGCACUAAGCGGAAGAGGUGGACAGUAGAGGAGUCUGGCUGGAUCACAGCAGGUGUCAGGAAAUUCGGGGAAGGCAACUGGAAAGCCAUUUUCCAAUCGUACCCGUUCAAGGAUCGCACCCCCGUGAUGAUCAAGGAUCGCUGGCGGACCAUGAAGAAACUGGGGUUUGAUUGAGCUCAGGAAGGCAGUGGGGGGCUGAUGCGACCGCCCCAGGCCACGCCUGCCGCCACCAGGCCGGGGCUCCCCCGGUGGGCUCGGUUGGGCCAGCGCAUGCCGGGGCUGAAGACUCGGAAGCUUCUCGGCUGGCUUUGUGGGAGGCCUCCCUCCUCCCCGGAAGGCCCUCAUCAAGAAGACACCGCAGGCGGCUCGCCCACCGGGUCCCCGCCGUGCUCCAGGGCAGGCGGGCAUGUUGCUCGUUUUUCUCCAGUUCCGUGUGAAGAGCACCGUUGCUCUCACCACCGUGUUUCCUGUUAUUUGCAGAUGGAGCUUCCCCGGUGCCUGAAGUUGGUGCCAAAGUUCCGGUGGGGCCUCGGAGGGAGGUCCAGAGCGUGCGGGGCUUUCCUGCUGCCUUGAGCGUGGAAGGAGCCGAGGCCUCCCAUCAUGUCUCACGGCCUCGGCACACAAUCGAGGCUUCAAUCAAGGGAUAUUGUCAAUUGUUGAGAAUCUUUUAUCUAACUCAGCAGCACGGGAGGCGAAGAUGACACCUUUGUGGUUCUCUGUUCAGCACUCCUUUGGGCCACAGAGAGACCGGCCAAAAUGUUUGUAUACGUUGCAAAAUAAAGCAGUUUGUUACAGUU